CGCAUGUUUUCGGAGAGUCUGGAGAGCGUUUCGCGGCCCGUCGGCCCCAGCCCGGGUCAGUUCGGUGCCGAACGCCGCGCAGUGUGUUUGUGGUUCGCGGCCCGCGGUUGUGUCACUCUCUCUAGUGCUGCCCUGAUGGCGGUGGCUCCCUGCUGCCAGCGCGGCUGGUUUCUGUUAGUGCUGGUGUCGCUGCUGACGCUGCUGGCCGGCCACCACCAGCAGGAGGAAGCGGCGGCCGGUGCGAUGGCCAGCAUCAUCUACGCCGGCUACGCGCUACCGAUGCCGCGCCACCGCACCUUCUACAACGCGGUCGGCGAGCGCAAGAUCGGCCCGAACCUGUACGAGGUGACGACGAUCGUCCAGGAGGACAUACUGCUGCGCAAGCAGUGCGAGUGUAUGCUGCGCCACCGGUGCCGGGUGCCCCGCAACAUCUUCUACCUCUCCAACCACGAUUGCCAUCACCGGGAAAAAGUGUGCUGCGAGCUGCUGGAGAAUGCGUACGAGUCCAACAGCGAGAAGCCGGCGGUCACCGGCACCACCACCACCGAUGGUGCUGGGUCGUUCGCUAGCGACAACGAAAUCUAACUCCCAAAGGAUGCACCCGCCACCAACCUGAGUGCUUCUCCCGGUCGAUGUCACCAAAGUCGAGGGAUGAGUUUUUGCAGAGAUGGCGCGUCGUCAGGAGACAGUCCUUGGCGCUGCCCUCGUUGAACAGCGUCUUCAGGCCCCAGGUCCACUCCUGCUCGGUGACGAUCCAGUUCAGCAGGUCUUCGGCGCGCAGUAUCACCUUGUCCGAGAUCGCCAGCACCUCGUCCUGCGGAAGAGAGAGUUAAUAAUUGUUAAUAAUGUUUACUCAAACUCAAAUAUUAACCCCGCUCCACUAUUAUUCGCCCACAGCAGCCCAAUAAAUCGAGUGACCCAACAUA